GGUCCAUCCCUCGCUCCCCUCUCGCUCCUCCCGCCCACGCCCUGCAUCUGGGCCCGCAUCCCUUCACCCAAAAGCUCCGUCCCAGAUCCUGCCCUCGCCCCUCCCCCAGACUUCGGGCCAGCGCCCUUGCCUGGUAGGUAGCCUCCUUCUAUCCAUCCCUCCCUCCUGCACCUUCUUUUCCCUGGACCCCUCUCCUGUCCCCGGUUCCCCGAGUGCCGGGUCGCUCCGCCCCUCCGGACCGGGGAUGUCCCCCGCAGCCCCGCGCCCAUGGUCCUGACGCUGCUCCUCUCCGCCUACAAGCUGUGCCGCUUCUUCACCAUGUCGGGCCGACGGCCAGGCGGUGAGCGGCUAGCGGUGCCGGGGCCGGACGGGGGCGGCGGCGCGGGCCCAUGGUGGACCGCGGGCGGCCGCGGGCCCCGCGAGGUGUCGCCCGGGGCAGGCUCCGAGGUGCAGGGUGCCCUGGAGCGCGCGCUGCCCGAGCUGCAGCAGGCGCUGUCGGCGCUGAAGCAGGCGGGGGGCGCGCGGGCCGUGGGCGCCGGCCUGGCGGAGGUCUUCCAGCUGGUGGAGGAGGCCUGGCUGCUUCCGGCCGUGGGCCGAGAGGUAGCCCAGGGUCUGUGCGACGCCAUCCGCCUGGACGGCGGCCUCGACCUGCUGCUGCGACUGCUGCAGGCGCAGGAGCUGGAGACGCGCGUGCAGGCCGCCCGCCUGCUGGAGCAGAUCCUGGUGGCUGAGAACCGGGACCGCGUGGCGCGCAUCGGUUUGGGCGUGAUACUGAACUUGGCAAAAGAGCGGGAGCCGGUGGAGCUGGCGCGGAGCGUGGCCGGCAUCUUGGAGCACAUGUUCAAGCACUCGGAGGAGACGUGCCAGCGGCUGGUGGCGGCCGGUGGCCUGGACGCCGUGCUGUACUGGUGCCGCCGCACGGACCCGGCGCUGCUCCGCCACUGCGCGCUGGCGCUGGGCAACUGCGCGCUGCACGGGGGCCAGGCGGCGCAGCGGCGCAUGGUGGAGAAGCGCGCCGCCGAGUGGCUCUUCCCGCUCGCCUUCUCCAAAGAGGACGAGCUGCUGCGGCUGCACGCCUGCCUCGCGGUGGCGGUGUUGGCAACCAACAAGGAGGUGGAGCGCGAGGUGGAGCGCUCCGGCACGCUGGCGCUCGUGGAGCCGCUCGUAGCCUCGCUGGACCCCAGCCGCUUCGCCCGCUGCCUGGUGGAUGCCAGUGACACAAGCCAGGGCCGCGGGCCCGACGACCUGCAGCGCCUCGUGCCACUACUCGACUCGUCGCGCUUGGAGGCGCAGUGCAUCGGGGCUUUCUAUCUGUGUGCGGAGGCUGCCAUCAAGAGCCUGCAGGGCAAGACCAAGGUAUUCAGCGACAUCGGAGCCAUUCAGAGCCUGAAACGCUUGGUUUCCUACUCCACCAAUGGCACCACGUCGGCGCUGGCCAAACGCGCGCUGCGCCUGCUGGGCGAGGAGGUGCCGCGGCCCAUCCUGCCCUGCGUGGCCAGCUGGAAGGAGGCCGAGGUCCAGACAUGGCUACAGCAGAUCGGCUUCUCCCAUUACUGCGAGAGCUUCCGGGAGCAGCAGGUAGAUGGCGACCUGCUUCUGCGGCUCACGGAGGAGGAGCUCCAGACUGACCUGGGCAUGAACUCCGGCAUCACCCGCAAAAGAUUCUUUAGGGAGCUCACGGAGCUCAAGACCUUCGCCAACUACGCUACGUGCGACCGCAGCAACCUGGCUGACUGGCUGGGCAGCCUGGACCCGCGCUUCCGCCAGUAUACGUACGGCCUGGUCAGCUGCGGCCUGGACCGCUCCCUGCUGCACCGCGUGUCGGAGCAGCAGCUCCUGGAGGACUGCGGCAUCCGCCUGGGCGUGCACCGCGCCCGCAUCCUCACGGCCGCCAGAGAAAUGCUACACUCCCCCCUGCCCUGCACUGGCGGCAAGCCCAGUGGGGACAUCCCAGAUGUCUUCAUCAGCUACCGCCGGAACUCAGGCUCCCAGCUGGCCAGCCUCCUGAAGGUGCAUCUGCAGCUGCACGGCUUCAGUGUCUUCAUUGACGUGGAGAAGCUGGAAGCGGGCAAGUUCGAGGACAAGCUCAUCCAGAGUGUCAUGGGUGCCCGCAACUUUGUGCUGGUGCUGUCGGCCGGGGCCCUGGACAAGUGCAUGCAGGACCAUGAGUGCAAGGACUGGGUGCACAAGGAGAUUGUGACUGCUUUGAGCUGCAGCAAGAACAUUGUGCCGGUCAUCGAUGGCUUCGAGUGGCCAGAGCCCCAGGACCUGCCUGAGGACAUGCAGGCUGUGCUCUCCUUCAAUGGCAUCAAGUGGUCCCACGAGUACCAGGAGGCCACGAUUGAGAAGAUCAUCCGCUUCCUGCAGGGCCGCUCCUCUCGGGACUCAUCUGCAGGCUCUGACACCAGUUUGGAGGGGGCCGCACCCAUGGGCCCAACUUAACCAGUCCUUAGUUCCCAGGCCCUGCUGCGACCCCCCAUUUCCAUCAUCCCUCCCGAAAGAGCAGCUCCUCAAACUGGCCUCUCUCGGCUGCAACCGCCCGGGGCCCUUCUCUGGAAAUGGCUGUCGCUCUGCCCCCUCCCUCACGGUCCAUCUCAAACCCAGCCUCCUUGGUGUCUAGAAAUGGAAGGGAAGCCAGGCACUGGGGGUGCUCAGGGCCAGACCCCCCCACCCCGCCGCCAGCCCUGCCACCAGGCUCUCUAUCUCAGGUGUGGGAGAGACUCUGGAGAUUGAGGGUUUGCCGCAUACGACAUUCCCUCCUGCCCAGACAGCAGCCAGGCAGCCUCCCUCUGACAGGAGUUCGGGCAAUGCCCACCCCUCGGGGCUAAGCAAGGGCCUGGGCCCAGCAGCCAGCCGGAGAUGGGGGUCCGGUGAUGGCUUUCCACCUAGAUCGUGCCUGGCUUCUGGCCUUACCGCUUCCUGCCACCCUGUGGCCUUGACCUGUAACCACUGUGUCCUUAGCUGGCCUGAUCCCCAGUCUUCCUGAGGUGCAGUCCUCUUGGCCACACCCGGGGUCAGGGUCACCCUCACUCUGGCUGGCCUGCAGCUGCUCUCCUCGGUGCAAGGGAGCCGCCUCCUGGGGCCUGGGCCUGCUCAACAGGCAGCUCACCACCCUCCACAUGCCUUGUUGCUGUGCCUCAGUUCCCACUGGCCUGGAUCAGCUGGCUUCCCCAGCCCCUCCCCACCCACUUGCUCAGGGGGCGGCCAGGGGAGGCAGCCCCCUGUGUCAGCAGCAGUCAGCUGGACAGAGCCUGCAGCAACACGGGAAGAGGCAGGAUCCUGAAGAAGGGUGAGGGGUGCGUUGGAAUCACCGGGGAAUUUUGCUAAAAACUGCGUUCGGGAGACCUGGGCAGGACCUGGGUUUCUGCAUUUCUCACAAAUUCCCAGGUGAGUGGAUGCGGAUGGUCAAGGAAUGGUACUUUAGUGAGGCUCUAAAACACAAUCCCUCCCAAAUCUUUGCCUUCCCCCCGCCCCCCACACCACUCCACAUUUCCUGCAAUCACCUGAGCAACCCCACCCCGUAUAAUCUCCCUUGUACGGAGAAGGAACUGAAUGACAUGCCAUUUCCCAAAUCAGCGUGGCCGCCCCGGGAUCCAGACCUGGCCUCCCGGUGCUCAGUCCACUGCCUGUCCAGAAAAAUCAUCCUGGAGGCUGUGCCCUGGGCAGGGCUGUUGCUCUACCUGGCUGGCUUCUCACCAAAAAAGGCUGGCCCAAGAGCUGUACAGAAAUAAACGAGCAGGAAUGUCCCUCUGCUCCUUUCUCCACUCGGGUAAGAGAGCAGGGAAGUAUCCUCCCUCCUGUAAACCCAGGCUUCAGCUAAUGGGGUCAACUGGAGCCUGCCCUGCUUUUUCCCUUCUGGGGACAGUGGCCUGGCACCUCAGGCUGGCUCAGCUUCCAGAGUCACCUCCCACAGGUGCUGGCCAGGUCACUCGUAGCUCUUGAGCCCAUGAGGGAGGCAGGGCAUCGACAGUAACACUACAGUGGGAUGAGUACCGUCCAGGGAAAGCGUUCUGUCUUUUGGUCCCCACUCAGUCCCCCUCCCUCCUGAGGUGCCCGGAGGGCAGUAUUCGGGGAGGCUGCCAGGCCGGUUCUUCUGUUCCUACACCCUCUACUGCUGCCCCUUCAUGUCUCUGGGGAAUCGGAGCCCAGCCUCCAACCCCGAGGGGAUGAUUCCCCGACCCCCCCACCCACAGCCAGGCUUGGCCCCACAGGGCUGGUCCUGAACCGGGGCUGAGAAACAGCCUUUCCCCCAGAGCCUGUUCUGAGGCAGGCCUGCGGGGUCAGGAGUUUCGGCCUGGCUGGGCUUCAGUUGCUCCCCCAGGUGGGUGCUCAAUCAGCUAGGUCCCUACCCACCUCACCCCCAGCCGUCCCCAGGGACUAAGGACUGCUCAGGGACACCCAGAGGUCAGGAAGUCCAGCUCCAACUCCUUCAUUCUUCUCCCCUGCCCAGGAAGAGAGGCAUCUCAUUCUAGAAUGUAUGAGGUGGGAAGGGUCUCAGAAUGUCAUCUAAUCCAGUGUUUCCUAACUUGUCCACCUGUGAUCACAUAGUUCGGGGCACUGCUGACGUAGCCCUUCGUAGGAGGGCUUGCUCAAGGUCACAAGCGAGCCAGAGGCAGUGCCCAGGCCUGAGGGCAGCCCAGAACCUUUUCCCUGACUGUCCUCACUGCCUCAUGCUGGGACAGUCGGAACUGUAUUCCUCUCCUUGCUUUGGGCUCCCCAUGAUAGAGACAGUGAGCUGGGAAUGUGGCAACAGGCCCAGGCUGCAGAGGCCACAGCUGACCCCGCUCUGCCCUGCACUGUCCCCAUCACACCUGUUUGAUUUCCAGGGCAGGGGAGAGGGAGGGAGGGUGGCAGGGAGCCAAGCCCUGUGGCCAAUUCACAUCUGCAGGCAAGUGCCACCUGAUUUGGGUCUGUGUGGGGGCUUGCAGCCCUCAUCAAAGCUGGUGCCUUAAUACUGAAUCCAGUUCCGCCUUUCAGCUUCUGGGCCAGGCUUUCCUGACGGCCUGGAAAAGGGCCCCUCGUUCUCUGAGAAGCUGGGCCCCUGGAUCAUAUCGGGGAGUCACACCCCUCUCCGGGUUCCCGUUGAGCUACAGAUGCAGGAGGAUGGUCUCGGCACAUGGCCCUGCUGAAAUGCGUGGCAACGGGAGCGCUGGAGGGCUGAGUAGUAACAAAAACUGAUCGUACUUGGGCUGGUGGAGCCAGGUUGACCCAUAAGGUGCCUUCAGGGAAUGGAUCUCUGACAGACCCUCAGGAACUGACUCUGCCCCCAAUCUCUCCACUGGCCUGAUGCCAGCCUGGCAACCCUCCAGCCCCGUCCAGCAGCUCAGGAGAAGGGCGUGAGCAGUCAGAUGAGGUGUGGGCCAGCCAUGCCCGGCACAAUCCCGUAGUAGCUCAGGGGGCUCCUGCCCAGCCCGGAAGCUUGCUUUCUGACCUCUGGUGGGCAGACUGGGAACGGAAAAGCAGACAGCCCCACAGCCCCAUGCCUUGGGGGCCUGGAAGGCCCUUCAGUGUGAUUUAUAUGGAUUUAUUGUGAUUGCACUGCUAAGCUCAGAGGAUCGAUUCCCAGCACUCUCCCUCCAGAGGGCACCCAGCCGCUCCCACAGCCUUCCGCUCUGAACCACAUCCAUCGCUGAGAAGCCGCUGCACACCAGAAAUGGCCCAGUGAGCUGUGCAGUUUGGGUUGAAGCAGAGAUGCCAGCCCUCGUGCUUCAGCUGGUCCCUGAGG